CGAAUCGAUUUAGUAGUCGGCGCUCCUUUCUAUUACAGCCGCAGCGAAGGCGGAGCCGUAUAUCUGUAUAUCAAUUCAAACGGAAAGUUCACCAAAUCUACUCGUCUGACCGGCAAACCCGAGUCCAGAUUUGGCUUUGCUCUUGGAAAUGCUGGUGAUCUCAAUAAGGACGGAAAUCACGAUCUAGCGAUCGGAGCGCCCUAUGAAGACAAUGGUGUUGUAUAUAUUUAUUUGGGAACUGCUUCUGGAGUUAAAGAAACUCCAUCUCAGAUAAUAAGAGCUUCAGAUUUGCCAAAUGAAAUUCAAAAUAUUAAAACAUUUGGUUAUUCUUUAUCGGGUACACAUGAUAUGGACCAAAACGGUUAUCCGGAUCUAUUGGUUGGCGCCUAUGAGAGCGAUGCCACACUGCUCUUUAGAGCUCGACCUAUAAUAGACAUUCAAACUUCAGUUUCGGGAGAAUUAAGUCAAAUCGAUCCGAACCGAGAGGGCUGUAAAGACGAUCCCAAUUCAAAAUUAAUUCAAUACAACUUUGAGAUCUACGGUCUCUUCUGUUCUUCGACUUCACUAUCAGUCAAAUUUGGUUCGACCACAGAUUCAGACACUCCUAAUAUUGUUGAACGAGAUAUUUCUUUAAGAGGGAAUGAUGUUCACAGUGAGCACUGUUCCAAAGAAAUUGUUUAUCUCAAAGACAAGUCCGAUAUACAGAAUGCAGUGAUGUUUGAGUUGACGUAUUCACUCAUUCAGAAAGAGCCACGAAUGCCAACAGACGGCGAAACUCUUCCCGAUAUAAACAAACUGCCGAUUCUUAACCAGGAAGAGGCGCACCGCAAGAAAGUGAUUACCUCCCGGGCCCUGACUUUUGACGGUUACGCC